AUGCCGCCGCUGGAGUCCAUCUUCAAGAGCUUUUCUGGCACAUGGAAGCUCCGCCGCUCACUCACCAGCGCCCUACCUGGCUUUCCUUCUGGAGAAUUCACCGGUACUGCCACUUUCAAGCCUCACAGCGCAUUCGAUGGCAAAUCCCUGCUCUACCACGAACAAGGAGAGCUUGUGACAGAGCAGGGCUACAAGCUUCUAGCCAACCGGAAAUACGUAUACCGCUUCAGCCCUGAUGACGAGAAGAUCGCAAUCUGGUUCGUCAAGGAGCCAGCACCUGAGACCGACGAAGAGGUCGACUACCUGUUCCACGAACUAGAAUUUUCUUUUCUUGACCAACGCUGGAUUGCCAAGGGUGAUCACCUGUGCGAUAAGGACAUGUACUGGGCCUUCUACGACUUUAGACUGGAGGACAACAUGAAGAGAUGGGGCUUGCGAUACAAGGUCAAAGGACCGCAGAAAGACUACCUCAGCGACUCUGCCUAUGAGCGUAUCGCAUGA